UAUUACUCCAACGAAGUGAAGCAGAUACUCGACCCGAAGGAAGGCUUCACUCCUCUAACAGAUUUGGACAUGUCAACUUACUCUGGUGAUGUACUCUUUCUACAGCAACUGUUUGUGCAGAACCCAGCGAAAGUGACUUAUACAGGCUCGCAUCAAUUGGGCAUAUACACCACUCCGUUCGACAAUGAUUUAGUAAAUGAACCAUUCCUGGAAAGUCUGUUGACAUGGUUUGGAGCAGGAUGCACGCUAAGUGGCUGUGAAAGAGGGCAAGUGGUUUACGAGUAUGCGUCAGGCUACGAGGGGACAGCAUUAUUGAUAGCGACGCUCGUGACACUGGUGUUAGCCCUUUGUACCAUACCGCUGAGCCAAGUCAAAAAAUACAGCUUGUUCAAUGAACACAUCAUAGACACAGUGGGCAGAACUGUCGACUACGGUAAGGAGGACAGCCUAUCUAGCAGGGACCAUGAUGGCUACUACUGGCGCCUAGUAGCUACGAGCGAUGAAAUUCAUUUGGCAGUAGCCAUUAACGACUUAGGUCAGCUAAGAGCUAGUAGGGUAGGUGAGGUCGAGAUCAAGGAAUCAACACCACUAAAUGAUUUGAAGGUGUAGUGGGAAUCAAUUGCCUUCCCCAUGCAGACGGUAUCAAAAUAUUGGUGCCCAUGGACGGAUGUGUCAGCUCAAUAUAUCACUUAAACGUAACAUAAAGUCAC